AUGAGAGAAGCCGCAGACCAAGCAGGAGAGGAGCGAGAGGUGGACGAGGCCAAAGGGGUGGACGAGGAGGACAGCCAGCAGGUCCUCCUACUGGCGGCAGGGGGAAGCAGCCCAUAUCUCCUGGGGUCAUCCGGUCGAGAUAUUCGAUGUCUGGGCAUCCCAGGACCACCCAAUCUCCUCCGAAGAAUGAUGGUUUGCAGAUCUGGGAUGUAG